UAGUGUACAUGUAGCUGCUAAUAGACCUUGUUCGUAAAUUUCUCAUACAUCAGUUGAAUUACUUCGGCGUUUUGUUUGGAAAAUUUGCAGAAGGCGUACGGCUGCUGACAAGUAAAUUUUGUCCGUAGCUCCUUUUUCAUUGUAAAACUUAUAGGCAAUAUUCAUUGCUAUAAUGGCCGCAGACAACCCACUGGCCAAUGCCAAUGGCCAAAUCAUCAAAAUGGAAGUAGAUUACAGCACAACUUGCGAUGAAAAAAUACCUCAAUGUAAGAAAAUGGCUACUGAAGGGAAGAUGCAUGAUGCUCUGGACGCUCUUCUUGUGUUGGAGAAACAAACACGCACUGCUGCUGACAUGGCAUCCACUGGACGUAUUUUAGUUGCCAUUGUUCAAAUUUGUAAGGACGCUGCUAAUUGGGCUGCUCUUAACGAGCACAUUCAAAUUUUAGCCAAGAGACGUUCCCAGCUUAAGCAGGCUGUUGUGAAGAUGGUUCAAGAGUGUUGCUCCUACGUAGACACUAUGCCCACCAAGGAGUUGAAAGUACAGCUCAUUGACACACUUCGAACUGUCACGGAGGGAAAGAUCUACGUUGAGGUUGAGCGUGCCCGCCUUACCCAUAUUCUGGCUAAAAUGAAGGAAGAAGAAGGUAAUGUAACUGAAGCAGCCAACAUUAUUCAGGAAUUGCAAGUUGAAACUUAUGGUUCUAUGGAGAAGAGAGAAAAGGUUGAACUAAUCUUAGAACAGAUGCGUCUAUGCUUGGCCAAGAAGGAUUAUAUAAGAACACAAAUUAUUUCCAAGAAGAUCAAUGUGAAGUUUUUUGAGGCAGAAGAUACUCAUGAUUUAAAACUCAAGUAUUACCGCUUGAUGAUUGAGCUUGAUCAACACGAAGGCUCAUUUUUGGCUACAUGCAAACAUUAUCGAGCUGUCCUAGACACCCCAUCUGUUCGAGAUGAUGCAGCCCAGCGAACUAUGAUUCUGCAGAAUGUAGUGCUGUACCUUGUUCUUGCUCCAUAUGACAAUGAACAAGCUGACCUUACUCACCGGGUACUUCAAGACAAACUCAUGGAGGAAGUAGCACCUUACAGAGAUCUGCUGAGGCUAUUCAUCAACCCAGAGCUCAUUAAGUGGUCAGCUCUUGCUGAAAUCUAUGAAAAAGAAUUGAAGUUUGGAUCUGCCAAGUUCCCCGCAACUGAUGUGUUUAACCCUAAAACUGAAGAGGGACAGAAGCGCUGGAAAGACCUUCGUAACAGAGUUGUUGAACAUAAUAUUCGUGUUAUGGCAAAAUACUACACAAGAAUAACCUUAAAAAGAAUGUCAGAACUUCUGGACCUUCCUAUUGAGGAAACUGAGGAUUUCCUUUCAAAUAUGGUUGUGAGCAAAACAAUAGAGGCAAAGACAGACCGUCCUGCUGGUGUUGUAAGCUUUACUAGAAGCCAGGAUCCCAAUGAUGUGCUGAAUGCCUGGGCUACACACCUCAGUUCUCUCAUGCAGCUUGUAAAUAAAACAACACAUUUGAUCAAUAAGGAAGAGAUGGUUCACAAGCACCUCCAUCUAAUGUCAGUUGGAGACAAAAAUUAAAUACAAAAUUGAUUACAUUAAUUAGAACGCAGCUGUGGUCUCUUCACCUAGUGCGGUCUUCCCUGAACUAUUUUUUUUCUUUACGGUGGAAACUGUGAGAAAAAUUCAAAGAACUGUAUUUUUACUAAACCUUUUCUCCCUAGCAAUAUACUUAUCAUAUGAAGUUUUACUGUAUUAAGUACUAAGUCCAAAACACUAAACAUUUUUUCAUUAAAGAAAUGGAGUCUAUCUAUCUA